UCAUAUAUAAACCCUCCGCUUCUCCUCUCUACAACCCUCCGUCAUCUUCACUCUGCAAAUUAAACCUCAAAUUCCGCCGCCAACAACAAUGGAGCAGACUUUCAUCAUGAUCAAGCCUGACGGUGUCCAAAGAGGCCUCGUUGGUGAGAUCCUUGGCAGAUUUGAGAAGAAAGGUUUCACUUUGAAAGGUCUUAAGCUAAUCACGGUGGAUCGUGCUUUUGCCGAGAGCCACUAUGCUGAUUUGUCAGCAAAGCCCUUCUUCAACGGGCUAGUGGAGUACAUUAUCUCCGGCCCAGUUGUUGCCAUGGUGUGGGAGGGUAAGAAUGUUGUUACUACCGGUAGAAAGCUUAUCGGAGCAACCAACCCUGCUGAGUCAGCACCUGGUACCAUCCGUGGUGAUUUUGCCAUUGACAUUGGCAGGAAUGUGAUUCACGGAAGUGAUGCAGUGGAGAGUGCGAGGAAGGAGAUAGCUCUUUGGUUCCCAGAUGGAAUUGCAGAAUGGAGAAGCAGCCUCACCCCAUGGAUCUACGAGUGAAUUUUCGCCUCUACUUAUAUAUUUAAGUUUUGACUAUUUGGUAUUUUGAGUGUUUUCAGAACAAACCUUUGGGAUUUUGGAUUAUAUUUCGGAGUUUAUUUAACGUUUCCAUUGGCUAAAACACACCCUAAUAUUCAUGAUUGUUCUUGAACAAAUUUGUGUUUCAUUCUUGCA